AUCUUGCUUCAGGUGACUGCUCAUGACAAUGAUACUGGCCUUGAUGGAGACAUGACAUUAAAGAUUGUUGGAAAUCAAACAAAGUUCUUUCUCACUCAGACCAAAAACAUUGGAGAGAUCAGACUUGGGGAAAAUAUGGACUUUGAUAAUGGAGACACAGGUUUUACAUUUCAAGUCAAAGCAACUGGUAUAUUUAGUAUAUUAUGUUUGUGUUAACCCAAUUUUAUUAUAUAUUUUCAACUUUGUAUCUGUCUGAAUUUAUUUAGUGUAGUAAUUCUAAGUCACUUUGUAACUGUCUGAAUUUAUUAAGUGGAAUAAUUCAAAGUCACUUUGUAACUGUCUGAAUUUAUUGAGUGGAAUAAUUCAAAGUCGAAUGUGUGCAAUUCAUUCUUAUAUAAUUUAUGUCAUAAAAUAAUAAUCAUGUAUAUAAAACUUUGACAUUUAUUUGUAAUUAUGAAGAUAUCUAUUUUUCAAUUUUCAUUACUUUAGAAUUGUUUCAAAACCAAGUUUUGAAUCCAAUGAUAUUUAAAUAAGGGAUCAAAUAAUCCAACAACCUGUGCAGUAAAAACAUCAUUGUGCUUUUAUUUUUUAAAAAUCAAGAUUUUAACAUCUAUUAAUUUUUCAUUGCAUAGAUCAUGGUGACACACCUAAAUCCAGUUCUUGCCAGAUUGAGGUAACAAUCUUGAAUGAAAAUGACAAUCCACCAAUGUGUCCCUCAUUUAUACUUGUAAAUAAACAAGAAGGGGAAGUAAAUAUUGCAGCUUUAAAUUGCACAGAUGCAGACUUUGGCAGUCUUCUCAAUUACUCAAUAUUAAGGUAA